AUGCCUGCUAAGGGUGCUAAGUCAAAGGCGCAGAAGCUUUGUGAUGCGCGAAAGCUAGGUGUUGAGAAGCUUGUAGAGCUUGUUUUCAUCGAACGUCCACGAACGCUGAGCUUUUCUCACCGCUCGCUGGGAAGCCUGCGGCAUCCGUACUCGAGUCUCAUUUGCGAGACAUCUGCUGAUCGUGCCUCUAGUCAAGACAAAAUUACGUACUUAUUGGAGGUAUUUUUGGAGGCCAAAGGUGAAAAGAAAACCUGGAUGCGGGUGGAGCGCAUUUUCGAUUCUAUGCUCGGAGAUGCCUUGAUGGAGAAAAUGAAGCUCGAACUUUUGCUCUCCUCUAAGCUCUUACAGCGCUUUGAGGUGCUGUGGGUCCGCCUUGGUGGUGUCAAUGGCGGCAUUAUUUCCGAGGAUGCCUACAAGCAGUUUCACCAGCAACUGUAUUUUACUCUUUUCGGAAUCGAACAGAUGACAUUAUUGCCGGCGACGAUGCAGUUUAUUCUGGAAGACUAUAAGUACGAUUCACAGGGCAAAAGCGGGAUCGAGUUUGGCCGCUUUGCCAAUUCGAUGCUCGAAUUAGCUGAUAACUGGGCUAGAAGUCGUGAGGUGGCGGAUUAUGUUGCAUUCAUGGACAGAAUUAUGGAGUGCUGCCCAGCCAGCACAGUACAGUCACGCAAGACGCAUGCGUCAGACGAGUUCACUCUGAGCAAGGAAGCUUUCUUCCGGGGUGGAGUGGUGGUUCCCAGGGUCGAGGGCGAACAAAUUGUUUACCAUAGAAUAAAUCUUUAG